AUUGUGAAAUCAGAGUGCUUUUUCUUUUACAUAAUAAUUCAGGAUGUCUCGUUGCAUUUGGAGUUCUCUGUCGUCACAUCGACUGGCUGGAGUUAUCUGUACAUCAACAGAGAAUUUCUUUCCGCGGUUCCAAAACCGUGUGUGCAAAUUUUCAUCGAAAGAUUCGAGCGAUGAGCCUCCAACAAGAACACCGAAUAAUAAUGCAAAUAGUCAAUCAACUGACGUCAAGAAACGAGUGAGGAAUAAUGUUAUGAUACUUGUACAACAAGGCUGCGAUAUUCAAGAACUGCCAGUAGUCGUUCGUAAGAUUGGAGAAAACGAAUUUGCGUCUUUUGUAUCGGAUACUAUCUUUGGAACGCGAUCUCACCCAGUAACAGAUGUGCUGCAAAUUACAAAUGCUACAAAUUACUUGCAGGCUACCAAUGGCUGGAAGGAUUCAGACAUGGAAUUUAUGGAUACGUCGAUCAACGGUGUAGUUACAAUCUUGGAUGCGAUGGAGAAAAACAUGCCCAACGGUGUAUACUAUAAAAAAAUCGCAAACAAGGUUGUUGAAAAAAUUCUCGAGGUUGCCGAUGAGCAUGAACUGAAAACGUUGGGAAAAAGCGCGACAUUCGAGCGGUUUAUCAACUGUACCGUAUAUUAUGCUGACUCGAGCUUAAUUUUACAACUGCUGCAUGCGCUAGGAAGCUGCGUGGAAAUGUCCAAAAUCAUCGACAUAUUGGCUAACGAGCUGGUUUAUCGUUGUUCGGAGAACGCACUUUCGGUAAAGGAAUGUUGUAAUGCGAUCGAAGUGCUCGCCAGAUCCCAACUACACGAAAUGGCGGAAAAGUUCUGGUGCGGACUGAUCGAUAAGGAAAAGCUUAUCACAGAGCAGAAUGUGGAAUUAAUAUUUGCGAUUCUCCCUCAUCUGAAGAUCAGUAGGCGGGCCGUUUUGACAGUAUUGGAAAAACGUGUCCAGCAACUCUGGUGGCAGAUGGGAUCGGAUGCUUCGAUAAAGGUACUUCAAACGCUUGUAGAUUGUAAAUUAUCAUCUUACCGUAUUAUGCAAACCCAAUCACGGUGGCUCAAUACGAAUAUACAUGCGUUGUCAGAGGAUGACCUCGGUGCAAUAGUGGAAUCAUUCACCAAUUUGGGCUAUUCGGACGCGCUAAUCGAGCGAGCCAUCGAACGAUACAUGAAAGCAAAAGGCGUCAAAGUUAGGUCACAGAAUCUGAUUAUCACGAUAGUACGCCACUGCGAACAGUUUCGGCUUCGUAACAGGCACAUAUUGAACGGAUGCAGUGAGUUUUUUAUCGCUAACUUCAGCCAGGUAGAAUGUGCUAGCCUGAAGUCUUUCUUUUGUCCAUUCGCCUAUCUGGACUACGUACCGGUUAAUGCAGACAAAUUUUUUGACACCCUGAGUAUGUACAUCGAUUUAAAUUUUGUCAAAUUUCAUCCUGCUGAUAUAAUCCAUAUUGUAUUUGGUUUCCUGUGCCUUGAACGGUAUCCGCUCAACUUCGUGAAUCGCAUUUUCAAUCCAUACUUUCUCGACGCACUGCACUCGAGGACGCCACCAGAAUGGCUGGACAAUAUUCGCGGUAAACUGAAGGUGUUUGAUACUGGACUGACACUAGAAUGUCCAGCGUAUGAUGGUCCCUUGCUGCCACGAGAUCAUUCAGCAAAGGCCGUUUUCUACGAUGGACGCAUUAAGCGUAUCGUUAACUAUGUCACAACCGAGCUGGAAGAACUUGCUGGAGGACCGGAAUGUAUUACCAAGUUUGCAGUAUUACAGCAUUUGCCCGUCAACUCAAUCUAUCUGGUCGAUGUCAUCUUCCAUCCCGCUGAGAUGGGUAAUGUGUUUUCAAUAAAUAUGAUGAAGGAAAGGAAUAUUAACGUGGCCGUGUUGGUGCACUUACCGGAAUUUUAUGAUAGCACUGGCAAUUACCUGAUCGGCCCUCAGGUUAUGCGAAUACGGCAUCUAAGACGACUUGGUUUGAAAGUGGUGACUUUGCAGUUUGAUGUAUUAUACAAAAUGAAGAUUCAUCCAAAGCAACUGCGUCGUUAUUUGGUGGAGCGCAUGCAAACGGCUCUCGAUGCUCUACCGCCACCGACUUAAUAUUAAUGGGAUGUGCACAAUUUUCUUUGUUUGUGAAUUUUAGAUAUUCAAACUCAAUAUAGAAUAAGAAA